ACCAACACAUCAUCAUGUCAAAUACCAACGAAAGCAACUACUCACGCAGUUUCUUCUUCUUCUUCUUCUCCUUCUGUUGCUGAAUUCCGAUUUUUCAAUUCUCAAUCUCAAGGUGAAAAGAUGCACCCCGUGCCAAUAGCUAUUUUCCGGUGCUGGAGAUAAGGCGUGAUGGGCGGUUGCUGCUGUUGUUGUUCUUCUAAGGAGACCGUAUUGAGCGCUCCACCUGCGUAUUAUUAUGUCAUAUCCUAGAGCAUCAGAUGAGCAUGUUCCUCUAUCAUCUCACCCGGGUGCUGCUUCUGCUUUCUCUGGGAGGCUCUUGGUUGACACUAAUCUAGAUACUUCGAGUCCUGAUACUUAUAGACCUCCUCCUGCUCCCAUCCCUUUCAAUGUUACCACUCAAACUCCACCUUUGGCUCAAGAAAUUCGUGGUGACAAGAACAAUACAUCCUUGCAUUCUACAAAUUCGAAUUCUAAUUCAAUUCAAGAACCAGUUGCUGGGGACAAUCAUGGGACCUCAGUUAAGUUGGAAGACCUAAAGGAAUCAGGAUGCAAAGUUCAGACUGAUCUAGAAAUAGAUUCAGCAAAGGAUUCUGAAAUUGAACUUCCAAAGUUGGGAGAAUCUAUAAAUUUAGAAGAGGAGGAUGCAUGCCCAAUUUGUUUAGAGGAGUAUGAUGCAGAGAACCCAAAGCUUGCCACAAAAUGUGAUCAUCAUUUUCACCUUGCAUGCAUUCUGGAGUGGAUGGAAAGAAGUGAAACUUGCCCUGUGUGUGAUCAGGAUUUGGUUUUCAACCCUCCCAUUGAAUAAUACAUAACGCAGGAGUUCAAAUACAAUGUGUAGCGUUUGAGAAGCUAAAUUACAAAAACAUGAGUUCAAUAUUGUAAUCCGUAGCAACCCGAGCGUAUGGCUGUAUUUUGAUUGUUUUGGCUUUGUAGUUUCUUGAGGGUUUAUUCCAUUUUUUAUGCAUAGUCCCUUGUGUUGGUUACAGGAAAUUAAAGGAAAGUAGAAUGAUCUCUUUUCAUAGUUUUUCAAUUAGAAUGUUAAAAGUGAUAUCUGGAUACUAUUUGCGAAACAGAUCAAUCGUUGCGAUAUUUCGUUCUUCUCUUGUUGUGGAUUAUUUGACUCUUGUUAUAUUGUCAGAGAAUGAUAGAAUGCUCGCGCUUUCUUUGUACUGCUUUCAUCUUGUAUAUAAAUUUUUUUGGUAGAUCCAUAAUUUUUAUUUAAAUUAUGUUAUUCUGUAGAUCGCAUGGAAUGAUGAAGACGACAAAUUAUAGUUGUUU